AUGCCGUUUGGACUAAAAGGGGCACCGGCCACCUUCCAACGCGCACUAGAUAUUAUUCUCUCACGCGUUCGCUGGCAAAUAUGCCUCGUCUAUCUCGAUGACUUAAGCGUGGCGGACACGGCGGCCGAUGCCUUCAAGACGUUCACGUUCCCCAGGACACUUACGCAAAUGCGCUCGUUCCUCGGGGCGUGCAACGUAUACCGCCGAUUCGUUAAGGGUUUCGCAAAGAUAGCGCGUCCUCUGACCGACAUGACGCGCAAGGGUGCGGAUCCUGACUUCUACAACCCCACGGAGGCCCAACUGAACGCGUUCGAUAACCUCAAGAGGUGUAUGAUCGCUCCGCCGAUCCUCGCACUACCGCGGUACGGCCGUCCGUACAUGAUCGACACGGACGCGAGUGCCUACCAGCUUGGCUGCACGCUGCUCCAGGAGCACGACCAGCCAAACGAUUGGCGCCCCGUAGGCUAUUGGUCCUACUCGCUGAAAGACAGCGAGCGCAACUACAGCGCCACGGAACGCGAGUGCUUCGCCGUAGUGUGGGCCGUCCGCACACAACGGCCGUACGUAGAAGGAACGAAGUUCACCGUCCGAACGGAUCACGAAGCCUUGAGGUGGCUCAUGUCCCUCACAGAGAGUUCUGGAAGACUCAACCGGUGGCGGCUACGUCUGGCUGAAUACGACUUCACCAUUCAGUACCGCCCCGGGCGCGUUCAUCAGGUGCCCGAUGCCCUGUCACGCCUCGUGUCGCCUCGUGUCGCCGAUGACCCUCGCCCCACCGUCGAGGUGGAUGACGACAUUCCCACCUUCGACGGCGGUACGACCGUUCGAGACGUAUCGAACGAGCUCGCGGACCGCGUUUGUACAGCGAGCUGUGACCAUCAGGCCGUCCAUGUCUUCGUGACGACACGGAACCAAGCCGGGUCAAGAACGAGGUCGCGAGUACAAACGCGCGACGAACCGCGAGGCGACGACGAAGCUCCCGCUCUCCAAGGACCCACUUCGUUUUGGGAGAAGAACGACGAGUUCGACGCCGCCGACAUCGAGCGCGCCGAAGACCCCGAGGCUGACGCGCCCGACACCCCGGUCGCCCCACCGCAGGACGACCUCUCGGCCCCUCUUACGAUAGAGGAGAUAGCCGAGGAGUAA